AUGCCUCUGCCAGCCUGUUGUCCACCCGAGAUGAGCAAGUUCAUCAUGAAUAAAACUUGGGCCGAAAGUCCGAACGAUCGCUUCUCCAUGGCAGAAUUGGCCCACAAAAUGGAGUUGUGGCUGAAAAUGCCACGCCCUCUACCCCCGAGCAAAGUGGAAAGUCUGGGCGGUGGGGCUGGAACGCCUGGCCUCACCGUGCGCGACAAGAAAGCGUGCAAGAAGAAGUUGGGCCGAAGGCCCAACUGA